GACGUACCCCACAAUCUCACGUUUCUGGCGAUGGCCGCGCUUCCGUCGGCGCCACCACCGCGUGGCCCUCCAGUUGUGUACCGAAAGGAUAGGACGGCAUUGUCUCUGUAUUCAAGCAUUCUACUUGGAGCGAUAUGCAUCUUGUCAGUGGCGAUACGUCUCUUCUCCGUGGCUCAAUGGGGCAGCGUCAUCCACGAGUUCGACCCGCAGUUUAACUUUCGCACGACCAAGUUUCUCGCCACGAACUCGUUCUCGGACUUCCUCAAUUGGUUUGACGAUCGCGCGUGGUACCCACUCGGUCGAGUCGUCGGCGGAACGUUGUACCCCGGUCUCAUGCUGAUCUCGGCGACAGUGUAUCGCGUCCUCCAUGCCGUGGGCCUUCCCGUGUCCAUCCUGGACAUUUGCGUAUUUUUCGCUCCGUGUUUCUCGGCGGCAACAUCGCUGGCCGCGUAUGCUCUCACGUUUCACGUGACUCAGCGCCAGCGCACCGCAUUGAUUGCAGCGUUCUUCAUGAGCAUCGUGCCAGCGUACAUUUCUCGGUCGGUCGGCGGGUCGUACGACAACGAAGGUGUCGCAAUCUUCUUGCUCGUGCUCGUGUUCUUCCUCUGGGUGCGUGCAGUCGAUUCGGGCCACAUGGUGGACGCCGCCGCGACCGCACUCGCAUAUUUUGCCAUGGUGCUGUCGUGGGGCGGGUACGUCUUCCUCAUCAACGUGAUCCCGAUCCACACGUUGUUCCUCGUGCUCUCGGGCCAGUACUCGCCGCGACUGUACGUUGCGUACGGCACGUUUUACAUCCUCGCGACGCUGUUUGCAAUGCAAGUGCCGUUCGUCGGGUUCAACGUGAUCCAGAAAGCUGAAACGAUCGGGUCCCAUGGCGUGUUUGGCAUCCUCCAGAUCGUAGCCUUUGCCAAGUGGCUUGAGAGUCUUGUCGGCGUCCACAUCCACCGCCUCCGUGCGGCCAUCGUCCGUGUGGGCCUCGCGACCGCCGGUGUUGUCGUCGUUGCGGCGAUUCUCCUUCAAGUCACAGGCGUCCUGCAGUGGUCUGGCCGAAGCCUCACCCUCCUGGAUCCAACGUACGCCUCCAAGUACAUCCCUAUCAUCGCGUCCGUGAGCGAGCACCAGCCGUCGUCGUGGGCCGGGUUCUACAUGUCGUUUGGCCCGUCGCUCGUUUUCGUCCCGCUCGGGCUCUUCUUUUUGUUCGAAGAAACCCCGCUGUCGUCGUCCAAACUCUUCAUCGUGAUCUACUCGACAUUUGCGUGGUAUUUUGCUGGCGUGAUGAACCGACUGGUGCUGACGCUGGCACCGGCGGCGUGCAUCGUCGCCGCCAUCGGGCUAUCAAGUACACUGGACACACUCUUCUUUUACAUGCGGCGCGACAACCACGCGUCCUUGAGCGAAGCCCAAGGGUUCCCUGGUGAGGAGGACGAAGUCAAGGUCGUCCAGUGCGAACUCGACCGAAAGCGUGCUGCUCUGAUGGCGGCGGCCGGUGGACGAGGCAAUCUCCCGGCACACGCGCUAGAAGACACGGACGUGUUUGGCGACUCGGUGGCACUGCUCGUGAACGUCAUGUCGUUCCAGUCGAUGGCUGCGACCCGGAACCGCAAAACCCCCGGCGCCAUCCAAGCCGUCGUGGUCGGGCUGGUCGUCGUGCUCGUGUGGCAGCUUCGACACGCUGCGUCCGUUACAACCAAAGCGUACUCGAGCACGUCUCUCGUCCACGAGAGCCGUCAUCGCACGACCGGCGACGACCUCAUCCACGACGACUUUCGCGAAGCAUUUGGGUGGCUGCGGCACAACACGCCGCCGCAUGCGGUCGUCCUGUCGUGGUGGGACUAUGGGUACCAGCUCUCAACGUAUGCGAAUCGAACUGUCCUGGUCGACAACAACACGUGGAAUAACACGCACAUCGCGACCGUCGGCCGUGUGUUUGGGUCCACCGAGGCGCAGGCGGUCCCGAUCCUCGACAGCCUGAACGUGGAUUACGUGUUUUUGUUGUUUGGCGGCGCCAGCGGCUACGGAGGCGAUGACUUGGACAAGUUUUCCUGGUUCCUCCGCAUCGCUCAAGGCGUGUACCCCGACGUCGUCGAUGUCAACAAAUUUCUCGUCAACGGGUACGUCGACUCGGGCGAGGCGGCGACGCCCGCGAUGAAGGAGUGCCUGCUCUACAAACUGAGCUACUACCGAUUCGACGAGUUGGUGACGGACCCGGCGACCAAAAUCAAGGGCUACGACUUGAACCGACGUCGAAAGCAACGGGCAGCGCCGAUCGCGCUCUCGCAUUUUGACGAAGUCUUUACGUCCGAGGCAUGGAUCGUUCGCAUUUUUAACGUGCGCCGCGACGUAUUGCGCUAAGGAAAGUGUGUUCGCGCAGCCGAAUGAAAAUGCCACGAGGAUGCGAUCGAAGCGUGAUCGAGAUUUCGUUUCAUUACACGAUCCAAGUUCCCUUUGCCUGGCACGCCUCCACCGACGGGCGCUUGUAGUCAGCAUAUGCCAUCGCCGCAGGCUCCGACUCGUCUUGGACUUGCCAUUGGCGAGAGGUAGCUUCGAGGGACGCUAGAACUUGCUCGUACUGCCCAGCGAUGGCGCUGUGUCCUUGGCCCGCGGCCUCCCUGUCGCCAUUCGUCAUGACAAUCCCGACUCCUUCUCG